AUGUCUCUUUACAGAAUCGGUGUCGAUGUCGGCGGCACUAAUACUGAUGCUGCCAUCUUGGACAUAACAGCAGCCCAUACUCCGGAGAGGGGUGUGCUAGCCUCGCAUAAAGCCGCCACGACCGAGGACAUUACGAGUGGCAUCGAGGCCGCCAUCCGUGCGGUGCUGUCUCAGUCUCAAGUCGAUCAGCGCCGCAUCCUCAGUGUCACGAUUGGCACCACGCACUUCAUCAAUGCUUUGGUUGAAGCAGACGCCCGGAGGCUCGACCGGGUUGCAGUAGUCCGACUUUGUGGCCCUUUUACCCGCCAGCUGCCCCCGUACUCCGACUUCCCGGUCGGCUUGCGCCGCAUCUUGGAUGGGGGCGCAUACUACUUGGACGGUGGCUUUGAAGUGGACGGCCGCGAGAUCUUGCCGCUCAACCCCGAGCAAAUCAAGGCCGCCGCAAAGGACAUUGUCAAGUCCGGCGUAUUGUCUGUGGCACUGGUGGGCGUUUUCUCACCGCUUGAUCACCAAGGCCUGCAAGAGGAGACGUGCCGAAAGAUCAUGCUAGAAGAAGCGCCAGAGCUGCGCAUCGUGUGCUCGCGCGACAUUGGCCCAACAGGGCUGCUUGAGAGGGAAAAUGCCACCAUAUUGAACGCCUCAAUCUUGCGGACGGGCUCUCGGGUCACCAAUGGCUUUAAGCGCGCCAUGGCACGCCUCAAUCUUUCUUGCGCUCUAUAUCUAUCACAAAACGAUGGUACCCUCAUCGACGCCGACUCGGCGGCCAAGUUCCCAAUCAAGACCUUUGCCAGUGGACCCACCAACAGCAUGACUGGCGCUGCCUUUCUGGCAGGUAUGAACCAGCAGACACAGCCCAAGUCGGUAACUGCAGAAUCUGGAGCGGGUAAUGAAGUUUUACCUCAGAUACUUGUCGUUGAUAUUGGAGGUACAACAACAGACGUCUGCGCCCUCUUGCCCAGCGGACUGCCCCGGCAAGCUCCUGGCUUCGUAGAGGUUGGCGGCGUCCGCACCGCUUUCUCCAUGCCAGAGGUUGUCUCCAUCGGUCUGGGUGGUGGCAGCAAGGUUGACCUGCGCGAAAAAGAUGUCACUGUAGGUCCCGGGUCGGUCGGACACCGGAUUCAGGAAGAGGCAAAAAUAUUUGGAGGUUCAACGGUGACAGCCACAGAUAUCAUCGUCGCCAUGGGCAAAGCUCAACUCGGCGACCCAAGCCUGGUUCAAGACAUUGCGUCCAGUACGGUCGAUGGCGCAUAUCAAAGCAUCAAAAAGGGUUUAGAGAGCGUGAUUGAGAAAAUGCGCGUAUCUUCAGCGCCAGUGCAUAUUCUCCUCGUGGGCGGUGGUUCCCUGCUCGUCACGGGCGACUUGGAUGGGGUAGAAAAGUGCAUCCGCCCAAUCCACCAAGGCGCAGCCAAUGCAGUAGGCGCUGCCAUUGCCAAGGUUUCGGGAGAAGUCGACACGAUCGAGCUUGUAGGUGGCAAGGACGAAAAGGCCAUUGUGGACAAGGUGCGACAACAAGCCAUUGACGAGGCCAUGGCCAAGGGGGCGAGACGCGAUGAUGUCGAGGUUGUCGAGAUCAUCAAGACGCCACUUCAAUAUGUGACCAAUGGUGCCAUGCGAAUUCAAGUCCGCGCAAUUGGGUCCUUGGCCAUUCCAGAUACACUCCCGUCGCUUCUACCUACCUCGACUCUGGUCAAUGGCGCAGAAAACGAUGAAGAAGACUCGAGUCCAAAGAUUAGUGUCCCAGAUGCUCUGGAGCCCACCAUCAAACCUUCUCUCAAGGUAGAUCUUGCUACAUACCGCCCAGAUGUCCGCAAUGGAAUUUGGUAUAUAUCCGAGGUUGACCUGGAAAUGAUCUCUACCGGUUGCGGCAUCCUUGGUACCGGCGGCGGUGGGCCUACCCACCACGAGUUUUUGAAGAGCCUCAGUACUUUGCGCACGACUAGCGCAGGCAAGAUGAGGGUUAUAUCUCCAAAAUCACUCAAGGAUACAGAUAUUGUCAGUUUCGGGUCGUGGUACGGCAGCCCGAGCGUGAUCAAUGAGCGUAUCGCAGGAGGCGGCGAGAUCAUUGGUGGUAUCAAAGCCGCCAACAAGAUACUUGGCAACGAAAGUUUUGAUGCACUCUUGUUGGAUGAAAUCGGCGGCGGUAAUGGACUGAGCAUUUUCCCUCCGGCCGUGCACUUUGACGUUCCCAUUGUGGACGGUGAUGCCAUGGGAAGAGCCUAUCCAACCAUGUACCAUGCGACAUUCAGUGUCUAUGGACACAGCAUGACUCCUUGCGUUCUCUCAGACGCCCGUGGUAACGUAUCAGCAGUCAUGCAUGCGGACACACCCACACGGCUCGAAAGCAUACUGCGCACUACGGCAAUCGAGCUCGGCCUGGGCUGUGCUGUAUGUGCGAAUCCUCUUGCCGGCUCCGUCAUCAAGGAAUAUGGAGUACCGAAUACGCUGUCGCAAGCUUGGUUCCUAGGCAAAGCUGUACAUCUUGCCCGAAGGCAAAAGGUGGACCAUGUCGAUGCUAUCUUUGCUGAGACCCCGGGAAAGCUACUUUACCGUGGAAAGAUUGUGGACGUGCAGCGGUACAUUGGAGGAGGCUACACGAUGGGAGUCGUUGUUAUAGCGCCCGCAGAGGACGAAGACGUGAAGCGUCACGGGAAAGUACAGCCAAUGCGGGAUCACCACAUGAGGAUUCCGUUCCAAAACGAGUACCUAUACGCAGCACUGUCGCCAGACGGUUCCGAGGAUGGCCAGGAGGUCGUUUGCACUGUGCCGGAUCUGAUAUCGAUCCUUGGCCAAGAUGGUGAGGCUAUCGGCUCCCAGGAUCUACGCUAUGGAUUACGGGUAGACGUGAUUGCGCUGCCUGCUCAUCCGCUGUGGAAGAGCGAGGCCGGCUUAAAGGUCGGUGGUCCUGAAGGGUUUGGGCUUGAUAUGCCAUUCGUCGGAGUUGAUCAGAGCUUUUCCGAGGUGAGAAGUGUCAUAGAUGAGUACAAUGUCAAUCAGGUAUGA